GCUGGUGUGAUCGAGCUCACGUAGCGAGGGUUGCAGUCGCCUCCUCCUCAGCGCAGCCGUCGCAGCCUGGAGGUUAUAAAAGGGCUAACUGGCUCCCUCUGCUGCCCAGUCGCGCCGCCAGCGGGCUGAGGGAAGGGAUUAGGUAAACGGCUGAGCGCAGGCGACCGGGGACUGAAGAACGCGCAGCUCUUCCGUGCCACUUCCCAGGUGUGCGAUCCUGUAAAAGUAAGCCUCUGAAGAUGAUCUGGUGUAUUUUAGUUGUAGGGUUUCUACUUCCCCAGUCUUUGGCUGAUCCAGGCUUUUUUACUUCAAUUGGUCAAAUGACUGAUUUGAUCCGUACUGAAAAAGAUCUGGUGACUUCCCUGAAAGACUAUAUUAAGGCAGAAGAGGACAAAUUAGAACAAAUAAAAAAAUGGGCAGAGAAGUUAGAUCAGCUAACCAGCACAGCAACAAAAGAUCCAGAAGGAUUUGUUGGACACCCUGUAAAUGCAUUUAAGUUAAUGAAACGUCUGAACACUGAGUGGAGUGAGUUGGAGAAUCUGGUCCUUAAGGAUAUGUCGGAUGGUUUUAUCUCUAACCUAACCAUUCAGAGACAGUACUUCCCUAAUGAUGAAGAUCAGGUUGGGGCAGCCAAAGCUCUGUUGCGUCUCCAGGAUACCUACAAUUUGGAUACAGAUACCAUCUCAAAGGGUGAUCUUCCAGGAGUAAAACACAAAUCAUUUCUAACAGUUGAGGACUGUUUUGAGUUAGGCAAAGUGGCCUACACAGAAGCAGAUUAUUACCAUACAGAACUGUGGAUGGAACAAGCACUAAGGCAGCUGGAUGAAGGCGAGGUUUCUACAAUUGAUAAAGUCUCUGUUCUAGAUUAUUUGAGCUAUGCAGUGUACCAGCAGGGAGACCUGGAUAAAGCACUUUUGCUCACAAAGAAGCUUCUUGAACUAGAUCCUGAACAUCAGAGAGCUAAUGGUAACUUAAAAUAUUUUGAGUAUAUAAUGGCUAAAGAAAAAGAUGCCAAUAAGUCUGCUUCAGAUGACCAAUCUGAUCAGAAAACCACACCGAAGAAAAAAGGGGUUGCUGCGGAUUACCUGCCAGAGAGACAGAAGUACGAAAUGCUGUGCCGUGGGGAGGGUAUCAAAAUGACUCCUCGGAGACAGAAAAAACUCUUUUGCCGCUACCAUGAUGGAAACCGGAAUCCUAAAUUUAUUCUGGCUCCAGCCAAACAGGAGGAUGAGUGGGACAAGCCUCGUAUUAUUCGCUUCCAUGAUAUUAUUUCUGAUGCAGAAAUUGAAAUUGUUAAAGAUCUAGCAAAACCAAGGCUGAGGCGAGCCACCAUUUCAAACCCAAUAACAGGAGACUUGGAGACGGUACAUUACAGAAUUAGCAAAAGUGCCUGGCUCUCUGGCUAUGAAAACCCUGUGGUGUCUCGAAUUAAUAUGAGAAUACAAGAUCUCACAGGACUAGAUGUCUCCACAGCAGAGGAAUUACAGGUAGCUAAUUAUGGAGUUGGAGGACAGUAUGAACCCCAUUUUGAUUUUGCACGGAAAGAUGAGCCAGAUGCUUUCAAAGAGCUGGGGACAGGAAAUAGAAUUGCUACAUGGCUGUUUUAUAUGAGUGAUGUGUCAGCAGGAGGAGCCACUGUUUUUCCUGAAGUAGGAGCUAGUGUUUGGCCCAAAAAGGGAACUGCCGUUUUCUGGUAUAAUCUGUUUGCCAGUGGAGAAGGAGAUUAUAGUACACGGCAUGCAGCCUGUCCAGUGCUGGUUGGAAACAAAUGGGUAUCCAAUAAGUGGCUCCAUGAACGUGGACAGGAAUUUCGAAGACCAUGCACCUUGUCGGAAUUGGAAUGACAAACAGACUUCCCUUUCUCUCCUGUUGUACUCUAAUGUGUCUGAUACACACAUUUCCCAGUCUUAACUUUGAAGAGUUUACAGUUGACUAACACUCCAUGAUUGAUUCAGUCAUGAACCUCAUCCUAUGUUUCAUCUGUGGACAAUCGCUAACUUUGUGGGGGUUUUUUUUUCUUUUAAAAGUAACACUUAAAACACCACAUUUUACAUAUGAAACCUUAAAGUUCAGUUGGUAUCACAGAGGACAAAGCAAGGCAGGGUAAAAAAUGAGGAAUUUUUACAUUUAUGAUAUAUUUUAAAGAACUUUUUUUGGUUGGAUAAAAAAUACAAUUUAGGCAUCUGGUUAUAGUAUUUCAGUACAUCUCAGUUGGUGGGUGGUAGGCUAGAAUGGUCCGUGUGAUUAAGGAACAGAUGCCAUAUAGUAUGGACCUAGGUAUUAUGUUUACCUAGUCUCAACAACUCCCUUCUGGAUCUGCCUGAAGACUAGGAAUAAAUUAGCCCUGUAAAGUGGGUUCCAUACAAUGUUUGCCCCUCCAUAUGCUAUUCUAAUUUGAUUUUUUUUCUCCCAAGUCAUUUUUAAAGUAUGCUUUAUUUUACCAAUCCCCUUCUUUCAUAGCUCCUCUGUGGUGAAUUAAAUCUGAGUUACAAUACUUUGAUUAAAAAAAAUGUUUAACAGAAGGUCCUACAUUAAAAGAUUGGGCCUUCUUAACUAAAAUGAUCAUGACUUAGUCUGUUUCUUGUUUUUUCUUAAAUGACUGAUGAUUUUGUCCAAAAAAUUUUGCUGUUUUUCUUAGUGCUAAUUCCUUGCCUCUUAUUUCAGCUACCUACAGCAGGGGAUGAUGAUGUUGGCAUUCGGAUUAAAAAAAUAUCGUGCCUUAGGAGACUGGAAAUUUAAAAAUGUACAAGUCCUUUCAAUGAUGAGGGAAUUGAUAUAAAAGGAGUUUUUCCUAAAAAGCCAAAAUGUUUGUUUUUUCAAUUCUGAAAUGUGUUGUGACAACAGUGACCUAUUUAUGAUCUUAAAUCUUUUUUAAAUGUUUCCGUUUUCUGUGUGGUAUUUUUCGUAUUUAAAUGUGAAUGUGUGCUAUAGCAAUAACAGGUUAUUUCUUUAGAAUUAGGACUUAGGUUUAUCCUCCUGAUUUUCAUUCACUCUAAAGUCACAUUGUUAUGGUAGAAAAUUAAGGCUCUUUGAACUUUCAGAUAUUCAAUCAAUCAAAAUAUGUUACCUUCAAAGGGAGCUCUACAACUUUAUUACUAUGGUUAUGGAGUUUUUACAGUAAUGCUACUUAAGAUUUUCUGUUGUUCAAAUACAUGGUAUGGUAGUAGAAAGCUCUGAACCUAUUGAAGUAUGUUAAUUGACCCUCUAACCUUUAUAUUUCUUAUGGUGAAUCAUAGUUUACAUAAGGGCUCUUUAUCCUUUAUGCAGUAUUUAAAUAAGGAAGAAUUUGGUUAAUUCUCUGGGAAAGAGGGUAUUACUUUACCAUUUUUUUAAAAAAGUGAACUGUGAACUUUAUUUCUCUGAACUAUCCUUUGUUCCACUACAAGUAUUUUAGUAAGAAAUAUUGAGAAUUAAAUUCAUUAAUCUAAUCAGAUUUUGUGACCACAGAUUUUUAAAAAAUCUUUUUUAGAUGGAAGCAAUGUAAAUUCAAAAUUGAAGAAAUAGAAUGGGUGUUCAAAGAAAGGAUACUAAUCCUUAAUUGCCACGUGUUUUAGAAAGUAGAAUAAAAAAUAUCUAUUUCACAAGGAAACAACAUAUUCCAUAAUCUUACAAAUUUCAUUAUAUUCAACCCCAAACCCCACACAGGGAUUGGUAAACUCUUGUCAGUGUUAGGUCUUACAGAACCCUCCCAAGUUUCAUAAUUACCAACUAUUUUUCUUUCCAAAUGAAAAGGAGAAAAAGAAUUCCAGUAUAAAACUUUGCAAUCCUUUUUUUUAAUGCUGAACUUUAAAAUAAAUGAGGGCUGGAGCUAUCAUGGAAAAUGUGGAAAUGGUGGUUUCCUCACCAACCCUAAGUGUCCAUCCUUUAAGAUUGGAAGUUUCAUCAUUCGUUAACUUUAACCAUGUGUUAUCACCAAUAUCACCAAGUUAACUGAAGUAUCCACCAGAACACUCAAUCAGCAGGGUAAGUAAAUGUCAUAACUAUGUAAUAACCUAGUAGGAUUUUUUAAAAAAAUAAUGAAGUGACUUUAAGAUUCUUCAGAAAGCUAGAUGGUAAAUGCAGUAAUGAAAGACACAACCAACCAUGAACUUUGGUGAAUUUAUAAUAAAAUGGUUACUACAAUAUAAAAGGAUUGAGAAGAGUUGUUGUAAGCAGUAAACACACACACAUAUAAUACCUUAUAUAUGUGUGAUAUAAAAAUAUAAUACCUUAUAUGUGUGUGUGUAUAUAAGAUAUAUAUUAUUGCUGCUGAGAAGAAUCUAAAUAUCCUUACAGACUCAUGUGUUGCUGGUUAUAUGUAAAUUCCAUGCCAGGUUUCCACUUAAGUCCAUAUAGCUGAAAAAUGAACAACCCAUGUGUAGGGCCUAAUGAGCUAAACAAUUGAAUGACUAGAUGGCUGCCAUUAAGAAACUUACCGUGUAAUACCAAAAUAACAACAACAACAAAUACCCAAUCAUGAUUAAAUAACUGAAUCACUUGAGAAGGAAUAAACAGAAUUAUGAAAUGGAGAUUGCUAGGAGAAAGCAGAAAGAAAAAUAACAUCUUAGUGUGGAUGCCCAGCAGCACAAGAACCAAUCCCUUCUCUUGGCAGCACUUACUUCACUGGGGUAAAAGUUUGUUAUUUAGCAGGAGCAGUAUUGGGUAAACUUAGAGAAAUAAGAAUGAAUUGUCAGCACUAGAGAGUACUGUUUAUUAAAUUAUUAGAUUUAUCAGAAUGAAAUAGAUUUCAUAUUCCAACUUCCUAAUGUCCUUGGAUAUUAUUCUACCACACUAAUGAGUUUUGCAAAAGUAACUGUAGUAGAACAGUAAAUUUCUUGGCUGCCUGCUUUAUUGACUUUUGAGGACUUUGAAGUUUACUUUCUGUGUGAAUGUAGCCUUCAAUUAAAUAUACGUUUUGAUGCAGGAAGACUAAUUUGUAAAAAAAAAUUAAUAGGCAGUCUUAUCAAAUGUAAAAGUUUAAAUAAAAGGAACCACUGAAAAGGA